AUGACUCAGCAGAUGCAGAACCUGCAGCUGGCCCAGACCAGGAAGUGCCCGGGUGGGCCGGCCUCCCCCAGCGCCGCCAAGCGCCUCUACAGGAACCUGUCAGAGAAGCUUCGAGGAAGCACCUCCUCCUUCGAGGAUGCUUACUUCUUCGGGAAGACGGAUCGUCUCCGCAAGGCCUCUGCGAUGCAGGGCAGCGACUGCAUCUUCGAGGCGGUGGAGCAGCAGGACCUGGACACGGUGCAGAUUCUUCUCUAUCAAUUCUCGGCCGAGGAGCUGGACCUGAACACCCCCAACAGCCAGGGCCUGACGCCGCUGGACAUCGCCAUCAUGACCAACAACACGCCCAUCGCCAAACUGCUGCUGAAGGCCGGCGGCAAGGAGAGUCCUCACUUCGUGAGCGUGGCGAGCCGGGAGGCCCACCUGAGCUCUCUGAUGCAGGAGGCGGAGCUCCGGGCCUCGGAGCUGGCGGCGCAGGCUCAGCGGGACGGCCUGGCGCCCGAGGCCGGUCACAAAGACAAGCAGCUGAGGAUCUGGGAGUGGAGGAGCAAACUGUACAAACGCAUGAGCACGGGCUUCCAGCACGCACGAGCGCCGGACGCCCCGGCCCUCGUCCGUCUGAGCGUGAGCGGCAGCUGCUCGCUGAGCGUCUCGUUCCAGGAGCCGCUGUGUCUCAACUCCACGGUGGUGACCAAGUACCGAGUGGAGUGGAGCUGUUUGAAGGACUUCUCUCUCCUCGCUGGAGAGACGCUGUUGGACAACCUGCAGGUUCUCAAGUGCUCCAUCAGCAGUCUGUCCACGGGUCGACUUUACUACGUUCGAGUGUCGGCCUUCAACAUGAAGGGCUGGGGUCCGCCCACCUCCUCACUCCCCCCAGCAGCAGCUCCUUCCAAUUGGAGGGAGAGUGACGGCCGGGAGCCGAAGAGACGAGGACACAUCGAGUCCAUGGAGCGUCUUCUGCAGCAGGUCCGAGCCACGCACUCCCACUACUGCUGUGGAGACGCGUCCAAGCUGCAGAACCCGAGCAGGAAGCAGUCGGUGUCCAGGAGCAUCAAACAUCUGUUCAACUCCUCCAACAAGUUUGUGAAAACUCUGAAGAGGGGGAUUUAUCUGGCGGCCAUCUUCUACCACAAGGACAGUUUGUUGGUGACGGCAGAAGAUCAGAUCCCCAUCGUGGAGGUGGACGACUCCUACAGCAGCUCCCUCAUGCAGGACUUCCUGUGGUUCACCAAGCUGUCCUGUAUGUGGGAGGACGUGCGGUGGCUGAGACAGAGCAUGUCCGUCUCCAUGUCGUCCUCGUCCACGCUGCAGGCUCGCCACAAGAUGCUCAGCGCCGCCGCGCAGCUGCAGAACCUGCUGGGAACUCACAACCUGGGCCGCGUCCACUACGAGCCCAUCAAGGAUCGCCACGGCAACGUGCUGCUGGUGACGGUCCACGACACGGAGAGUCAGCACGCGCUGAUCAGCGGGAAGUGGAUGCAGGUGACGAAGCUGCAGAGCCAGAGGAAGUCUCUGUCCACGCCGGAGGAGCCGUACGCCCUGGACAUCCUCAUCAUCACCAUCCAGGACGUCUUGGCGUACCAGCGGCGUGGCACUCACCGCCUGGCGCCCGGCCUCUACCUGGGCUUCCUGAAGCUGAGCAGCUCCGUGGACCAGAUCCGGGUCCUGGUGUCACAGCGAACUCCCAACAUGCUCUGCCACGUCCGCGUCCGAGAGAACGCCAACGUCUCCAGGGACGAGUGGGACUGGAUCCAGAAGCUGUCGGCCGCGGGGGAGAGGGAGCACGGCGGGACGGAGGGCGAGGAGAGCCACGCCCCCUUACUGUUCUACGAGCUGCAGACGGCGAUCAAGUCUCUGCUAAAGCUCAUCAACCAACCUCUGCACCAGGCGCGUCACUUCCGUGUCUACAGCCAGGAAGUGGUGGAGCUCGGGCACGGCGUCUCCUUCCUGCUGCUGCUGCCGGCGGCCGAUGACGUUUGCUCCGCCCCCGGGCAGCCAAACCCCUACCCCCCCCUGUCAGGGUUCCUCCUCCUCCCCCUGCCCAUGUUCGAACUGGUUCAUUUCUGCACCUACAAAGAGAAGUUCAUCAGUCUGUACUGCCGUCUGUCCUCCGUCCUGGACCUGGACGCCCUCAUUAUCCAGCAGGCACUGCGGGAGGCCAUCACCGACAGUGAGGUGACCACCGCCAAGCAAAGACACCAGCUCAUCCUGGACUACAUCCAGCAACUGGACGAGAUGCGUCGGGACCUGCGUUGGAUCACGGACGCGCUGCAGUGCGCUCGCUACAAGCAGCCGCGUGGCGGCGCCCGGAUCAGCUGCCUGGUGGACGCCAGCGCUCCCGAGAGUCUCUCCGACCAACACAAGACCGACUCCACCUCCUCCACCAUGGACUUCCUGCCCACGCCUUCGCCCUCGCCGGAGCUCCACAGGAGGAACGCCAUCAGCGACGCUCUGCUGGGCUCCGAUGACGACGGCUCCUCGGAGGUCUUCCUGCCGACGGACAGCGACUACGACUCCAGCGACGCCCUGAGCCCCCCCGAGCUGGAGCUGCUCUACUCGCCGUCCCGGGCGCUGUCCCAGCACGCCGUGCGCUCGCUGGGCGGCAGCGCGCCCGACGUGCUGCAGAUCCACGAGCUCAGGCCCCUCCCCUUCUCUCCCUCCCUCCCCCUCUCCCCGGCUCUGGAGGGCCUCUCCCUUUCCGGGAGCCACCAGGAGGAGGCGGCUUCCUUCAGGGCCCUCGCCGACCCCCCCGCCGACCCCCCCGCCAAGCGCAAGCUGCUGUCCAGGAGCCACCGGGGGCAGAGCUCCAGCGGCGCCCAGCGCUGGCUGAGGGGCCCGGGUGGGGGGGGUCACGCCGGCUCGUUAUCCGAGGGCGUGUACACCAAGCAGCUGGAAACGAACCUGCCCGACCCACAGGGCCCCCCCUACGUUAGCCACGCCUCCCACGUCCUGGAGAGUCGGAGGGGCCGCCAGCGGGAGCCACGCCCCCACGUCCGCAGGAUCUUCGUGGAGCCGUGCAACAAGGGGAGGGGCUGGGGCGAGGAGGGGGAGGCGGCUUCAUGUGCGUCGGUGGUGGAGGUUCACGGGGCGGCGGCUGGGGGGGAGGGGCCUGAGGGGGAGGGGCCUGAGGGAGCCAGUGCCCAGGACGUAGACUCAGACGACCAGACCGACGCCCAGGUGUCAGAGAUCCUGAGCAGCUCGCUGUAG